AUGAAGCCGGAAAAAGGCUGGGCCCUUAGCAAGGGCCGGAUCGGACCCAGCUAUAUAAUAAAAUGGUUGUUUGUGAUUCUAAUAUAUGGACAAUUUGCUCACGGUGAAAUUUUGGAACCACCCGAGAUAGAACCGGAAUUUCUGGCACCACUUGGUAAUCAAACUGCUACACAAGGACGUGAUGUGACUUUUACUUGUAUUGUUAAUCAUCUAGGACCAUAUAGAGUGGCUUGGAUUAAAUCCGAUUCGAAAGCUAUAUUGGCAAUUCACACUCAUAUGGUGGCGCACGAUCCGCGACUCAGCGUCACCCACAACGGGCACGAUACUUGGCGGCUCCACGUGACGCAUGUCCGGCGGGCGGAUUCAGGAGCUUACAUGUGCCAGAUCAACACCGACCCCAUGCGCAAUCAGAUGGGUUAUCUUGAUGUGGUAGUUCCGCCUGAUAUUCUGAACGAUGAUGAAAAUGAUGCUGGAGGUUCAGAUGUUAUUGACGGUAGCGGCAUCGGCCCCGUCUCCCUCGAGGGCGGUACCGUCAAGUUAAGGUGCGCCGCAACCGGUGUUCCGCCGCCGACUGUUUCGUGGAGGAGAGAAGACUCCAAAAAUAUUGUUCAUAGAGCAGAUCAGCAUAGGGAAAAGUCAGUUUCUCGUACGGUAUCCGGAGAUACGCUGAUACUCCACAAUAUCCAGCGCUCUGAUAUGGGCGCAUAUCUCUGCAUAGCAUCUAAUGGUGUCCCGCCCUCCGUUAGCAAAAGAUUCAUUGUUCAGGUCCAUUUUCAUCCUGCAAUACGAGUUGCCAAUCAAUUAGUGGGUGCGCCAGCUGGAAGUGACGUCACUUUGCAGUGUCAUGUAGAGGCUUCACCAAAAGCCAUGAAUAGCUGGUAUAGAGAUAGUGGAGAUAAAAUUUUGCCAUCAAGUAAGCACAUGGUGCAGGAAACUCGUACUGGUGACUACAUGUCAGUUUUGACUCUGACAGUUCGUGAACUGCGUGCUCAGGACUUCGGAGGUUACAUUUGUGCCAGUGUUAACGCUCUGGGAAAAGCCGAGGGUGGCAUCAGGCUUCAAGAGCUCCAACUUCCAAAAUCCACUUCCACCACCACUCCUCGCACUAGGCCACCAGCGCCUCGUCCCGUUGCCACCAAAAAGCCUCCUUCUAAAUCUUCCUCAUCUUCCGCCAACGGCCAACAGUCGACUCACGGUCACCAGUCUGGCAAAGGCUCCAAUUCCCACUCGUCUGGCAACUCCAAAGGGCAGAGGGACCGGGAUUGGUCUGGACUAAUUCCUCCACCUUUUGAUGUAACUACCAGUUCUGCUGCAGGUGGAAGGGACGAUAGUGAGAACGAAAUUGAAGGUGAUGGUUCAUCUGGCGCCAAUUCGAGAAGGCCACCUGGAUGGGUGACUAUGAACAAUGGUUGUGGAAAAUGGAGUGUGGUCUGUGAAUGCCUGAUUGUUGGAUGGCUAUUUGUAAUGAAUGGAAUUUGA